AUGCCUCAAACGCUUCUCGGACAUGCUGUGCAAUUUGCAUCUAUGAACAUUGUCCUUCAGAUUGCAUUUCGUAUUUCAACCUUCAUUCUGAACGCUGUUCUGCUGAGAUACGUUUCUCGUGAUGUUCUUGGUAUUGUGAAUGUUCGAUUGACCCUGUUGUAUUCCACGGUGCUGUUCUUGAGUCACGAAGCUUUCCGGAAGUCGUGUUUGAAUCCCGAUACUUUGAAACUUUGGAAGAACAACAAAAAUCUCUUAUGGCUGUCGUUUCCGGGAGCGAUUUUAUGCUCUUUUGCUUUUGGAUCCGUGUGGGUGUUCCUUCUGUCUGUGCCCCCGAAAGAAAUCACGUCGAAUUAUUCCAUUGGUGUGGUGUUGACAUGUAUUUGUUGCUGCGUUGAAAAGCUCGCUGAACCUAUGUACAUUGCUGGUCAAGCGUUGAGAUUAGUCAAAACCAAGGUUGUGAUUGAAGGUCUGGUCCAAGUCGUGAAAGUGUCCAUUUUCGCUGGACUGACGAUAUUUUGCUCGGCAUCCGUUGAUCCCGUACUUGGGUUCUGUUUUGCUCAAUUGGCAGCUUCUUCCGUUUAUUUUCUGGCGUACUGUGUCGUUUUUACUCGAGAUCAUCGCAUAACUGAAGGAAGAAUACUUGGGUUCGGAGACUUCAUUCCGGAUUCUUCCAUAAUUCACGCGUGGAAGCAGCCAAAUGCAAGUCUGACGUGGAGUUUCUUCAAGCAAGGAUUUAUGAAGCAGUUACUCACGGAAGGAGAAAGAUAUGUGAUGACAUUUAUCCCAGUACUGAGUUUCGCGGACCAAGGCGUGUUUGACAUCGUUAACAACCUCGGGUCAUUAGCUGCGAGGUUCAUCUUUUUGCCAAUUGAAGAGGCGUCUCAUUUCUACUUCGCCCAGUCUGUGCGACGUGGUAAUGAAUCGAGUCAAGUGCUGGGCAAGUUGAUCCGUUCGAUGAUGUUGAUCGGGCUGACAAUAUUUGCAUUCGCAAUUCCUUUUGCCGAACCGUUUCUUUUUCUCUACGGAGGAGCCGCUCUCGCGAAUUCCGAAGCGCCAAAACUGCUCGUUGCCCAUGCAUUCUACGUGGUAUUUUUGGCCAUCAACGGGGUAACGGAAUGUUAUUCCUUCGUUUGCAUGACCAAAGAACAGCUGGAAAGGUACAACGUAAAGCUCUUAUGGAUAUCUGGGGCAUUUCUGCUCGCAUCUUACUUGCUCACCAGUUGGCUGGGCAGCGUUGGAUUCAUUUUUGCAAAUUGCUGUAAUAUGGCGCUCAGGAUCCUGAAUAGUGUCGAGGUGAUCAAGAAACAGAAACUGAAGGAUAAUCCACUGGAUGAGUUGAAACCGCGGACGGUGACAGUGGCUUUACUCACAAUCGGCUCAUUUUUGGCUUAUUGUUCGAAGGUUUAUAUUUUCCCGAGAUCAAUUUUGAUCCAUUUGCUGAUCGGAGCUAGUGUGUUCCUGUGGUGUAUUGCCUCAAUGGGGCUGACGACCGAGAAGGAUCUGAUGCUCUCUGCUCUUGGGUAUUUUUUCAGAAGACAUCUGUCCGGACAUGAAACCAAGAAAAUGCAAUGAUGUAAUUUCUUUUUGGAUGUUGAAAUUUAAUAGGCAUUUCUUUUUAAAUUACGGUACCUUUGCUUAACUGUUGUAAUGUGUACCGUGACUUAAAAAAUCGCGAACUGGAGGAAACCACCCCUCAAAUGUUUCCCGCGCGUGGAAGUCUGUUGUUGAGGUGUUCUCGGAAAUGUAUCGCGGAAGUGUUGAUUCUUGCAAUUACUGAGCGUUAUAUUUAUACACAGCUGUGUGAUUUCCCUUUUAUUGUUGAUUGAUUUGCCCGAUUAUAACUAUCGUUUGAAUUGACUGGGAA